AGUGCCUUUUCAAACUCUAUUAAUCCCAAAAAUACAAAAGAAAUAGUCAAGACUACAUAAGGAAUACUUUUAAAUAAUGCUACAAAAUUUAGUUUAGUAAUAAUGCUGUUGCCCUUAAAGAACUAUCAGUCCGCUGAAGACGACGCGAACCCGAAUGUGACCCUCCUUAAACGCCAGAUUGCUGAGAAUGGAACUAAAACACAGGCGCUGUUGCUUCAGGCGUUCCGCUUCGAGCUGCUUAAUGACGCCAAUGCGUACCCGGUCCUCCAGGAUCAGCUCCAGCGAAAGCCAGUCGGCAGAAGUCACUAAACCUGGUAUAGAAUCCAUAACACCCCCUACAACAUCCAAUACCUUGGAGAAACCGAAAAAGUCCAAGGGACUAUUUUCAUUUUUGUUUGGGAAACGAGUCCAUAAGUCCAAGAAGGAGGACCUUUUAACGAGCAACAACUCUUCUUUCGAGGAACAAGAUGUUAGGAAGCUAAUACGUCUCUACUGCAAACAUGACAACCUGUACAACCCAAAAAACCUCUACUUUGGUAACAAAGAGAUCGAUGAGGAUUGCUAUAAUGAUAUGAUGCGCUCUUUUCCGGGAAAAAGCAGUUCGCAACUGAGAUCCUGUAUCGAAGAGUUAAGGAUUCUGUUCGAGCGGGAAUAUACCAUUAUUGAAAGAGCACGGAGGAUAUACGGUGAAAUAUUGACGCCCUCCAUUCGCUACUACAACGAGUUUCUUUUCCUGGUGCCCCAUAUCCGCAACGAUUUCGAUAAGGAUCAUCCAAUUAGUGGAACCAGUUUGCUGUCCGCCAGAAUACUUCCAUCCACGGAUCUUAAAAACGAGAUGGUCACCACGGAGAUGUUGUGCCAAAAACUUACUAAUUUCCCUGGUUUUCCUUUAGCUGCGUUUCCCGGAAACGUUUUGCUGAAGAGGCUUAAAAAAACUAACAGGCAAGGGGAAUCCCGGGAGGCUCAGGAGGUGGAUCAGAAGGAAGUCCAGAUCACCGAGCAGGAGAGUCUAGAGAAAGGAAAACCCAGUGAGCAUAAGGACGAGGUGAAGGAAAAUAUCAGUGAGCAAAAAGAUGAGGUGAUGGAAAAAACCAGUGAACAGGAAAGUCAAGGGAAGGAUGAGGAGGAUCAGCAGCAGAAGGUCACAUUUUCCCCUUCGUCGGAGCGGAAAUCCAUCGAUUACAGUGAAGAAGGAUCCAACCAAAAUAAAACCACCUCCAAUAUGUCCACCCAAUCAUCGUACUACGUCAAUGAGCAGAAUCUGAAAACCACCGACUUGACCUGCUCCUGUCGAUCGGAAACAUUAUUGGAUUCCUCUGAAAAACCAAUGGCCUGCCCCUGGCGACCGGAAAACACGCCGUGUGUGCCCAAAUGUCGUGGAACAGUUUCAAGUUCGAUCCACAAAUAUAUUGCAUGUCCCUGGCAACCGCAAAAUGCACCUUCCGUGUCCGAAACUAAAGUAGAUCCCACGGAAUCCGGUCCAAAAUCGGAUGCCUUGGACGAAACUAAGCCCUCUGCUCAGUCUGGAAAUAGCCAGCAAGUGCAGAUGCUUUGCGAUAUGAUACGAACCGAACUGAGCACUGCUCCUGAUUUUAUAUACUUCGAUGCCAAGUGGCGGAUCAUAGAGAUCUUGAGGGAGGUGCACAAGCGGCAGUUGGUUCAUCAGAAAGCCAUGCCGCAGCAUAAUCCACACCGACCGAUACCGCCACAAAAGCGAGUCUCUGGAGAACCUAAUGUCAUGCCCAAAAAUCAGAAAUACAAAUCGGAUAGAAACCCCCAGGAAAAAGGAACACCGAGGAUAUGCGAUCAUCUGAACACCAUGGAAAUGGACGAACUGAUCAGCAGUUCCAAGCUGCUUAAACAUUGGCCAAGUUUUCUCCUCUGUUUGGGGUUGGCUUGGAUGCUUAAAAAAGCGUUUUAUAAGAGGAAUCGAAGACCCCAAAGAUAUACUUUGAAGGAGCCAGUCGAGGAGGUUGAAGAUUGGGACGAUCAUGAUGAUGAACUGCAGCCGGCCCUGGAGGAGAAGCCCCAUGUGGCCUUUGUCCCCGGGGAGAAUCUCAAUCCAAACGGAGCAGAUCGCUUCUAUAAGCUGAUUCAAGGACGACGCAGCAUUCGCUCAUUUAAAAGUCAUCCGAAACCAGAUCUCAGCGUUAUAGAGGACUGCAUCCGGGCAGCAGGAACAGCUCCCAGUGGAGCACAUACGGAACCUUGGACCUACUGCGUUGUGGAGAAGGCGGAAAUCAAGCAAUACAUUCGGGAAAUUGUGGAGCAGGAGGAGUUCAUCAACUACAGCCAGCGGAUGCAUUUGCAGUGGGUCACCGACCUUCGACCCCUGCAAACCAACCACGUCAAGGAGUACCUCACAGAUGCCCCGUAUCUUAUACUGAUUUUUAAGCAGACCUAUGGAUUAUCGAGGACCGGAAAGCGGAAGAGGCACUACUACAAUGAGAUAUCGACUUCGAUUUCGGCUGGGAUCCUUCUGUGUGCCCUUCAAGCUGCAGGACUCUCGUCUCUGGUCACAACUCCCUUGAACUGCGGUCCUGCUCUGAGAAACCUCCUCAAUCGCCCCGUAAAUGAAAAAUUACUCAUUUUAUUGCCCGUUGGGUAUCCAAAAGACGACUGCACAGUGCCGGAUCUGGAGAGGAAGAACUUGUCGGACUUUAUGAUUACAUUUUAAGGUUCAUUUACGUCUCAGCAAUUUACAAAAUAGUACAGUAAAGACAAACAGAAUUUCUGGUCAUUUUGAAAAGUU